AUGGGUAUGAGAAUUAAAUUACACUGCGGUGACCACCCAAAUAAUCUUCUUAAGGAACUCAAUAAGUUUAGGCUCUCAGAAAUCAUGUGUGAUGUUAUCAUUGUGGUUGGCAAUAGAAUGUUUUCAGCACAUAAGUCAGUGUUGGCAUGUGCCGCCAGUUAUUUCCAGAACCUCUUUCUGAAUUCGGAAGUUAACUCUGUAAGAACCUAUGUGGUAGACUUUAUUACACCAGCAAAUUUUGAAAGGAUCUUGAAUUUUAUCUACACAGCAGAGCUUUUUACAGAUCUCAUCAAUGUUGGUGUAAUCUAUGAGAUGGCAGAGAAGCUGGGAAUGCAUGAUCUCCUGAAGGCCUGUUACUGUACAUUCCCUGACCUGGAGAAAACUGAUAUCAGCAAAGUGACAGAACAGUCAACUGAAGAGUAUGUACUUUUCACUGGGACUUCAAAUGAACAAAAUCCCCGUGGGGGAUACUUGAGUACAAGAGGGUCACAGUUUUGUCAUGAUAAAGGUUAUAUCAUGCAAAUUGAAAUGGGACAGAGUUUCAGAAGUGGAGAAAGAAACCUUGCCAGUCAAAGUAGUUCACACAUCCCUGUGAUACACCAACAGUCAACAAAAACUGAUGAUAACUUAUUGAUGGAAUACAGCCAGUCCACAUCUACUGAUAGUGUUUCACUAACCUCAAAUAAAGGCCCUUGUGAACUGUUUGAGAUACAAAAUAAUGAAUAUUAUGAAACCAGUUUAUUGAGCAGUGGUGAAUCUAGUGCUGGAAACAAUGUCGACCUCCAAGAUCAUUCAAUGAAGAAAACGGAGUGUAUGCAGUUUGAGGGUAUUGAACCCGAUGACCUUAAUUUUGAUGUGCACCAGGAGAAUAGAGGUCCUUCUGAAGAAAUAAUAGAGCUCACAGAUGACAGUGAAGAUGACAGUCUUGUCUGUAUUAAGGACAGCAACAGUGAAGGAAAGAGCAUGCCAUGCCAGGUGUGUGGAAAGGAGUUACCGGCUAACAUAGGAUUGAUUCGACAACAUGGCAAACUGCACAUUGAUGCAAAGGAGGGGUUGUGCAAAGUGUGUGGCACGAAGUUCACUGACAGAAGCUCUCGAAUCAUCCAUGUUUUAUCUCACAUUGGAAUCUUCCUCUUCUCGUGUGAUAUGUGUGAAAUGAAGUUUGUAACACAGUGGCAAGUGGCUGGACAUAGGAAAGCAAAACCAUAUGAUACUAAUAUUAUUGUCCACCUCAACUCCAUGCCACCAGCUGAACCCAAUUUUGGGGGCUCUCCAGCAGAACUUUUCUGUGCAGUCUGUGGAAAGGCCUUGGCUAAAGACUACCUUGCUGUGAAAGAGCACAUUCUUUUUCACCUUGACAUGAAAAGUCUUUCUUGUUGUGUGUGUGAGCAACCAUUGAGAUCUGUUUGUAGCCUAAUGUGGCAUGUAUUGUCCCAUAUGAACAUAUCUAUUUUUUCUUGUUCAGUGUGUGGUAAUAGCUUUAUGGAUCGAACAGUUCUAGAUCAACACUUGGCCUCGCACCAGAGUGUGGAGUAUUUAUUUGAAUGUAAUUUGUGUGGCAGAAAGUUUCAAUUAGAAGCCUCUUAUCAAAACCAUGUGAAGAUCCACAAGAGGUACAGCUCAGACAGCACAAAGGGUCAUCAUGGUCAACACCAGUGGCUCAAAAAAACCUUAACAACAUCACCCUCAGAUGAAUCCACUAGUGAUGGACAUGGACCUGCUCUACAGCAAGAGAUUCCUCUCACCCUUGCUUUAAACCAGGGCAAGGUCAUUUCCAAAGGGAACUGGUAUGAAUGUGAGUUUUGUAGGAAGAGGUUUUCCCAUUCUAGUGAGUUUCAGUAUCACCUACGAAUUCACUCGGGAGAGAAGCCCUAUGAAUGCAAGCUGUGCCACAAGUUCUUCAGAGGGCGAUCAACUGUAAAAAACCAUCUAAAGACGCAUUCUGGUGCCCUCAUGUAUUGCUGCACUGUUUGCCAGAGAUACUGUCCCACUUUGAACCUCAUGAUUAAACAUGUGGAGAUGCACAAAGAUGGAGGACUACCUCCUGACUUCAAUAUUGCUCAGACUUUUAUGUACAUUGUGCAUUCCAAACAGUCAGUAAAAAUGAUGGACUAA